AUGCCACUUCCAGAUAGCCAAACAGCAAUUAUUGCUGACCAUUUGGGGAGUCUGACCGUUGCUCAUGGCGUCCCCGUCCCCGAAGUAGAGCCUGAUAUGCUCCUUGUAAGGACAGUAGCUGUGGCGGUCAACCCCGUGGAUGUUAAGCUCACUAAGGCUAUGGCAGUGGAGGGUGCCAUAGCUGGCAGUGAUUGCUCUGGAGUUGUUGUUGCAGUCGGCUCUGCCGUGCCCCCGGGCAAGUUUGUUGUCGGUGACCGGGUUUGCGCCGCCAUCACACCUAUGAAUCCCGCGACUCCCCGGAUUGGAGCCUUUGCAGAAUAUGUCGGUGCCACUGCCGAUUGUGCCCUGAGGCUCCCCGAUGGCAUAUCCCUCGACUCUGGCGCAACCCUCGGCAUUGGUGUUGCGACCAUCGGUUAUGCCCUAUUCCAGUCCCUAAAGGUACCCGGACAUCCAGACUCUCCAGCGACGACGCCACAGUAUGUUCUAGUCUAUGGCGGCAGCACCGCGUCCGGUACGCUUGCAAUCCAGUUAAUACUCAAGUCCGGUUUAAUACCCAUCACCACAUGCUCGCCAAAGAACUUUGCCCUAGUCGAGAGCCGUGGUGCCGAGAAGGCAUUUGACUAUCACGACCCAAGUAGUGCCGCCGGUAUCAGGGCGUACACAAAGAAUGCUCUGGAUUACGCUCUUGACUGCCACUGUGACGCUUCAAGCAUGCAAUAUUGCUACGCGGCGAUAGGCCGUGCAGGCGGGCGCUACACGACGCUCGAGCCCUACCCAGAGCAAUUGCACACCCGAAAGAGAGUCAGGCCAAACUGGAUACUCGGUCCGGCGCUUCUUGGUAAGGAUGUGAAUUGGAAAGCACCUUACACCAUAAAGGCAAGGCCAGAGCUACGCCUCUUUGCUAGGGACUGGUUCAUGUGUGCGCAACGGCUCUUGGACAACGGCGACCUCGAGCCUCACCCCGCGAGGGUGGGGGAAAAGGUUGGGUUUGGUGCAAUACUAGAAGGAAUCGAGAUUCUCAGGAAAGGAACUGUCUCGGGAGAAAAGCUUGUGUACCACAUAAAGGAUGGCGGGGAGUCGGACGGCGCUUCCUCAAAUUGA